CUCCGAGUGGAGAAGGUAAAGAAGAUCAACCGCCGACGAUCCUCGACAGAAGAGACAAGGCGGGAAGCAGAGUCACUCAGGACUCUCAAGGCAACAGAGGAUCAUGGCCACGGCGCCAUCUUCCCAACCCAUCCUGCCUUCAUCCCACCUGCCCUCUUCGCCCCAUCAUCCACAUCCUUCCGAUACCAAACCACCCUCCCCCUCCCCCUCUACUGCCGGGCCCUCUCGCGCUGGCUCUCAGCAAGCCCCCAAUGGCGACAACCACCAGCAGAUAACAUCUUCAUCUUCCACAUCCUCUUCUCGCACCUCGGGUCUCCCUGCCCCUCUUCCCAUCUCUCGGCCGCAAAAUGGACCCCCUCCUGCACCACACCGAUCUGCACGCGCUACAAAGUCGGGCUCCCUGCCCCCACCUCCGCCUCCUCCCCCCUUCCUAGGCGGGCCUAUCCCUAUUCACUCGGAGACGCCUCUCUUCGCACCUCUCAUCAGAGACCAAGAGGCUGUACUGAACCCUGACUACCGGACGCCCUUUCGGGACGCCCGUGACGUCGUAGCGCGUCUACUGCCAUACCACGUCUGGCAGGUUCCGCAGGAUGUCAUUGACCUCGCGAAAGGACUCAAUCAGCGGACGCAGGGCAAGGGAAAGCAGAAAGCAAUAGAGAAUUCAGCAAGAGAUGGGGCAGACCAGGCGAGUGGACUGGAAUCUCCAGCAUUGAGGAAGCGCAAGCGGUCUGGAACGCGCUCGGACGGAUGGAUGUCAGACAUCACCCGUGUUCCUCGGAUGGAGAAGGCGGGCCAGAGCAGCAUGGCUGCCUUCGAUCGGAUAGAAGGAUUGGACUUUCCCCGCUUGCAGGAUAUAGAGGCCAUCAUACCUCGCUUCGAGAGCAUUCGGUCUGCCGUGAGAAGGGUGCGGCAUAGAGUGACAGGAGGUGAAAAGGCUACCUCACCAGAUCCUGCGGAUGAGCUGGCCGAGCCAGCACCUGCGUACUUUUCAAAGGAGGCCCAUCUCCAGCUAUUGCGUCUCUCCUGCGCAGAAGACCAGAGCGAGCUAGACGAGACGCUAGAGAAGCUCAGACAGGCUCGGACAGACCUUCUCACAGAGUAUGGUCAGCAGUGGCUGGCAGAGCUCGACCAGAUCGCUCCAGGCCUCAAUCCUCCCGCACAGUCGUCUACUGCUUCGCCAGCCCCACCUUCGGCAAAGCAAGCGGCUUCAAGCCCCGUGGCCGCCAAGGAAAGUUCGAGUGGGAUGCAGUCAUGGCCAACCACGAACCGUGGCGCGAGCCCUGAGCGGCCCAGUAAAAGAGCCACCUCGCCAAAUAACAAACGGCAAGGCAUGUCCCCUGCGACUCCUGCUGGCGGACCAGGAUCUCGGGGACCAUAUCGCAAGAAGGUACCCCCCGCCCAACAGCAGCAGCAGCAGCAGCAAGAAGAGCAGCAGGAGCACAAGCAGCCACCACCACCGAUAUCAAAGUCAACUCAACAACAACAGCAAACGCCGGCGACGCCUUCGGGAGGUGUGCAUGCUCCGCCUCGCACAUCCCAAGGCCCAGCUUCUGUUGCGGCUGCUGCCGUGCCAGCACCAGCUCGGGCCCCACCUCCACCGCCUCCUCUACAACCACCAAUCCGGAUCAUUUUGCCCCUGAGCCUGAUCGGCAAGCUCACCUCGGUCGGCAUUGCUCCCCUACCUGCGCCUCAUCUGCAACCAGCCAUCGAAGCUCACAAGCGACGUGCGGCGGCAGCAGCAGCGAGCGGCUCUGCUGUCCCUACUCUGGGCGAUUCGAGCAAGGCGGAGGCCGGAGAGUGGACGACUGCACCCUGCGAGCCCGACCCGAAUCAGACAGAGGCGGCUAUCCUGCUUGGUAUCACAGAGGCCGAGGCGCCCGGAGGAAAGGGCGAAUGGCAUCAAUUGGUGCACCUGAGCUUGGUUUUGGGUAGGUUGGACUCGAACCAAUUGACUGCUCUGGCUGAAGUAGUGGCAAUGGUGCAGACGCAGGGCGGUGGGACGGGUAUACAGAGCAGCAUCAACGGUACAGCGGGGGCCAAUGGCGUUGUCAACGGGGCGGCUGGUGCAGGAGCACCGCCGCCGCCUCUCCCAUCUCAAAUAGCUCCGCCUGCAGCUGCUCCUGAACAAUCACUAGAGGUCACUGAAGCCACUGCUCCAAUGACAGCUUCACCCUCUACAGAGCAGGUGGAGCAGAAGUGAGCGGCAUGGUCUGUUCAGCAUAUUGAGAGGGCUGUUGGGCUGCUCGUUGGUAUUGGCAAUUCCUCUCGCUGGAUGAAUCCAUUGCUCCUUCACUCGCCCCUCGAUGUCACCUGUACUACAUAUCCUUGUUAUACAAUCUUAUCCCAUUAGAGGCUAAAGUCUAAAGUCUACAUCCUUGAA